AUCUCAUUUCUCUCCUCUUUUAAAAAAAACACCUGAAAAACACUCCACUCUCUUCAAAAAUUAUCCCUAUCGGCCCAAGGUUCCGUCCGCGGCGUUGAAGGUGACCGGCGGCAAAACCGUGUCAAACCUUGGGGUGUGCGUCCAUUCACGUGGAGGAGGCAGAGGUGAUGCGACCGAAGGCCCUAGGUGCGGCGCCUAGGGUUUUUUGGCUGAAAAUUUUUCUUAGUUUUGGGCUAGGGUUAUGUUUGGGCCAUGUUGGGCCAUUGGGCUGGUAGGUUAGGGGGUUUGGGUUUCUGUUUUGGAUAAUGGGCUAGUGGGCUUAUUUGUUUUAUUUUCUCUGGUGGGCCGAGCAAAUUUGGGCUUCUACAAAUACGAGAAGAAAACAAGACUGGCGUGAUGGGGCUUGUAAUUCUUGUCCCAUGGAGUUUCUUCCUCAUAGCUUUAACAAAGUUCCUUUAUCAUUACCUGUGGGUACCUCUUCGUAUACAGCAUAUGAUGAAUUCACAGGGAAUCAAAGGACCUCCUUACAGAUUCAUCCAUGGCAACAACAAAGAAGUUACCAAAAUGAAAAAGGAAGCAUUAAGCAAAGCUGUGGGCUUGACAGAUGAUUUAUUUCCCAGAUUACAACCGCAUAUUUAUUCCUGGAUCAAUACAUAUGGGAAGAAUUUUGUUUAUUGGAAUGGCGUUCGAGCUGAAGUGGUGAUUUCAGAACCUGAAUUGAUCAAAGAGAUUAUGAAAAAUAGUGAGACAAUUUUUCAGAAAAGGAAGCUUACGGAUGUUGGUGCGAAGCUACUGGGAAAUGGGCUUGCGUUCAUUGAGGGAGAAAAAUGGGCAAAGCAUCGAAAGCUGGCCAAUCAUGCUUUUCAUGGGGAAAGCCUAGAGAACAUGACCCCAGCAAUAAUUGCUAGUGUUGAAACCAUGCUAGAAAAGUGGAAAGGCCUAGAAGUCAAAGAGAUUGAAGUGUAUAAUGAAUUUAGAUUCUUGACUUCGGAAGUGAUUUCCAGAAUAGCUUUUGGUAGCAAUUACUUGGAAGGGGAGAAGAUUUUUGCCAUGUUGAACAAGUUGAAAAUACUUGUGAGUCAAAAUAUUCACAAGACUGCGAUUCCUUUCAUCAACAAGUUAUGGAAACCUGCUGAUAUGCUAGAAUCUGAAAAACUCGAAAAAGGAAUACAAGAUUGUGUGAUGGAGAUGAUUAAGAAAAGAGAAGACAAUGUUGUGAGUGGAGAAGCUGAUAGCUUCGGCACUGAUUUUCUGGGAUUACUAGUAAAUGCUUAUCAUGAUUUGGACGAUAAAAACAGGGUUUCAUUGGAAGACUUGGUAGGUGAAUGCAAAACAAUCUACUAUGCUGGACGGGAAAAUGUUAAUUCAUUGCUUGCAUGGAUAGUCUUGCAUUUGGCAAUCCAUGGAGAUUGGCAAGAAAAAGCGAGAAGAGAGGUGAUUGACAUAUUUGGUAACCAAAAUCCGCAUCUCGAAGGCAUUGCCAAACUCAAAAUAAUGACCAUGAUCAUCAAUGAAACUCUAAGAUUGUAUGGUCCUUCACAUGGCCUGCCCAGAACAGUCGCAAGAGAAGGACAAUUGGGAAAGUUUAUCUUGCCUGCUGAUAUAGAUAUUCUGUCUCUAAAUAUUGGACCUCACCGUGACCCUCACUUGUGGGGGGAUGAUGUGCAUCUUUUUAAACCGGAGAGAUUCGCCGAAGGGAUUGCCAAAGCUACCAAUUUCACCGCAGCUGCAUUUUUCCCCUUUGGAUUGGGACCUCGAUCUUGUGUUGGUAUGACCCUUGCAACCAUAGAAACCAAGAUUGCUCUCUCCAUGAUUCUACAACGUUACACCAUUACCAUUUCCCCUACCUAUGUCCACUCUCCAAUAGCUAUUAUCACCAUUCAACCACAACAUGGAAUUCAAAUAAUACUUGAGCCGCUGCAUAGCUGCUAAGAACUAGGGGCUUAAUAUAGUUAGUUCGUGUAUGGAAGACAUUUAAUAUGUCUAAGGUUCUAGCAUUUGCAGCCCCUUCCCUAUUCCUAGCUAUGCCCAUCUUUAUACAUAAUUAAAUGCAAGUAGCUACUACUUUCCAAGAUGGCGAAACAUGCUACCAAUAAAAAAUGUUUGUUUUUAUUA